UUCACAUGUAUUUUGAGGAACUAGGGAUUUUUAAGUGCACGUGUAUAUAAUUAUACGUAAUUGACGUACCAGAAAAAGAUUAACGUAUGGAAACACAAACACUUCAGAUAUUUUUGCUAUUUUGCCUUAUGGUUAUAAAGGAAAUAGGAUGGCCGCGCAGUUUCUUUCGAUGACUGUGGUGUCCAAUAAGAGCCACCGUAGGACUACAAGGGAUGGUCUGGGGUUCGGGAAUUCUAUUUUAAUUUGCAGGGACCUGGGUUAUGUCACGAAUUAUGGUGUAAGUUAUUCACACAGAAAAUGGUCAUUUACACUGUACCACUAAUGUACAUUGCUAAUCUAUAACAGAAUAGCACAAAAAUUUAACAAUGCAUAUAUAUACUACUGUAUUUGUGUGUCAGCCCUACACAGGCCGGAGUCUAUCGACACGAUACUGUACAUGUAUUUGCACGUUUGACCAUGGCGAAAUUGUUUGCCCGGCAGGCACGUAUUUCUAUUGUUCACGGCAUACUGACCUCUUCUUAUAUGCAGAUGUUGAUGUUCGAAGUAGGCCUACACUUUAUACCUGGUUUAUGGGUGACUUAGCUGGUAAAUACCGUAUGCAUGCACCGGGUCAUGCUAUGGAAGACGGAUCGCUGUAUACUAUAGGCAGCUGCUGAUGUGGAAAGUUCACGUUACGCUUACACUGUGGGUGAUAUACGCGCAUGUACAUCUACAUGUACAUGUAAAUCCGUCAAGUAGUAUCUGCUGUGUGCACGGGGCUUUGCUACGGAAGACGGAUCGCUGUGUAUUUCAGGCUUGCGUCUACACUGCAGCCCCUCUUGUCUCUCGAGCUUUCAACUAUUAGAGAGUGUCCGGCAUUUCAAACAUGGCAGACAACCUUAGCUUAUCCGAGGCGACGCAGUUUCUUAAGGGCGUCCUACAGAUGCAAUCGCCCAUGGAGAGUUUGGCGAGAGAUCGGGUCAGCUUCCUGCGUGACCUCAUGGCUGCCUUCCUGUCCAAGAUUCCCUUCCAGAGUGUGACUGCGAUCGCCACGCCCAAACCAGAGAGACGCAGGUUGACCUUCCAAGAGAUCAAAGUCGACAUGAUAACUCAGAAGGGUGGCCUGUGCUUCGAGAUGAACUACUUCAUGAAGGCGCUCUUGGAGAAGCUAGGAUUCGAGGUUUACCACGUUGGAUGCACCAUCAUCGGAAAACCGAACAAUCAUCUGUCAACAGUGGUCAAGAAUCUGAGUCGGCCGGGCGACUUGCAUCUGGUAGACGUUGGCUGCGGGCAUCCCAUGUUUGAACCAAUUCCACUGGACUUUGACAAGGAGUCGCCCUUAUACAAGUCAAACUAUCUGGUCCAUAAAUUCGUGAAGGACGCCGAUGACAGCUUCCGAUGGAUGCACAAAUCCUACCGGGACUACGACGGCUCAACGGGACGUGUCGUCGACGGUUGGUACAUGUUCUUGGAGUUUAAAUUGGAGUUCCGGGAUAUCGAGUUCUUUGCCCUCCACAUGGAGAACAUCCACACCGUGGAGAGCGGCCCUGAGGCCUUGGCACAUUUCUUGGUCCAAUUGAAGGCAACAGACUUCCGCAACGGGAAGCUAUUUGCCAUCACCGGCACGUCCACCUUGGAGGAAGACGCCAGCGGUAAAGUAAACAAGAAGCGCAUAUCGUCCCCUCAAGAGUUGGAGGAGGCAUAUAAGUUCCACUUCCCACAGUUUCCAGCGGAGACUAUACAACAGGCUAUACAGACUGUCAAUCUCAAAUUUGAAAAAUAAGUCUGUGAAGCAAGUUUCUGACUUGAGUAACAUGAGUAACAUGCCAGUAGACAAUGAAUCAGAUAAUCUGUUUACUAGAUACUUGAAUCAAUAUAGAAUGAUUUGCUGUUCAUGCGUUUAGUUCGUUUCGUAUAAAUAACACCACUCAAAAUCCAAAAUGGUAUGCUCAAAUCUUUAUUACACUUUCGAGAAAACAGUAUACACACAAAAAAUGUUAAACUUUUAUAACAAAACACAAUUUGGUCUUUAGCGCUCUUUAUUUCCGAACGAUCAAUGUGGUUUCUUCAAAACGACAGCAACCCAGACUGAAUAAUUUCAGGAGGUGUUUAGUACCAAUAAGGUGUUUAAUCCAAGAAGGUUUUUGAUAAUAAUUCGCUAUGUUACUUUUUGGGGGCAAUGCAAAUUAUCUUAAUGCCUUUGUUUGCGUUAUGAGUAACUUGUGUACACACAUGAUCAAACAGAUACUUACGACUAUGACCUUCAUCAAGUCUGUGAAAGUAAUCGCGAAAAUCAGAGAUCUGCAGUUGAUGAAUUUCAGAGGUAAUGUUCAUUCGUCAUGUGGGAAGUGUCUAUUAUAAUUCAUUAUAAGGGAUCACACAAGUUUUGGGAAAAGAAGGUAGGUUGAUUGUGUGUUGGAGGGAUGGGGUGAGAAGACAGAUUUAAGUGGGUUGGGGGAAAUGUGAUGUUGGAUGAGAUGUGUGGUUAUCUGGUUCAAGUUGGAUAGAUGUAAUUGCCAGCUACAAUUGAACACUUUUCAUCAAUUAAUGUUUUUUACAGCAUUCCAUCUAAUGUACAACGUAUAUACAUAAAAGUACAUUAAAAUAAAAACAAACAAGAAGCA